AUGAUGGAACUCACUCAACACUUUGGCCGUUACGCCUGGGCCUUGAGCCUCCAACAGAUGAGACAGUCUUUUCCAGAGGAAAUCAAUCAUCUCUGCGCAUUGUCGCAGGCAUUCAAAAUCGUGGCUUUGCUAUAUGGCAGACGCAUUCUGGAUGUGCUCACAGAAACCCUCACAACUCAGGACGAUCUAGUCUCCAAACUGGUGGGUCUGACUUAUAUUUGGAAAGACGACGAGGUGCUCUUCAAAUGUGUUCUGUGGGUUAUCUUCGUGGCUGGCUUGGAGUGUCGGUCGCGGGCCCAGAAUGACUCUAUGGUUGAAUAUCUAGGGAAAUUUUGGACCGCUACGAGUUUUUUGAAUGUAAUCACUGCAGCGAAGAUCCUACCGGAUUAUUGGGACAAGGAAGCAGGCGAGACUCCAACGCGGUGGAUAUUUGAUAAAUAG